ACAAUCGAAGUGAUAGGUGUAUUAGAAGAGAAUUCUACUGAUGAUUCAGGCAGUUCAUCCAAAGAAUUGAUUUAUACUGGCAGUGAUAAAGGUAUAAUUAGGGUAUGGGAACUUCAUACCAGUAAACUAUUUAUGUCACAAGAACCUGAAAAAAAUACAAAAUACACAAUAAAAGAUGUAAUGUAUGCUAUAUAA